AUGUCCGAAGGGGCGGCCGCCGUUGAGGCGCCGGACGCGGCACAGUCACCAAGGUCGGCGGCGGACGCUGCAGCUGCAGCUGUCGCCACGGUCAUUGCAGCUGCCAACGCUGCCAGCGAAAGAGACAAGGCCAGCAGUGCGGGCGACAACAGCAAGACCGAUGCAAGCAUACCGGCGGACCAUGAGAUGGUGGACGCUGUUGAUACCCAGCUGAAGUAUGGAGACGACGGCAAUGUCAACAACGAGGAGAGCCAACAUGACCACGAAAAUAACAACAACGACAGCAACAACGAGAAAGACAACAACGCAGAACACAGCAUAAGCAGCGCGACGAAUGUUUCCAUACAACCUCCACCACCACCACCACCACCACCAACUUCGUCCGCAACAUCAACGCCGCAAAAGGAGCGCCACUCCCUCACCCUCGACCAGCGCCGUGCACUUCGCAGCUGGGCCAAUGCCCAGCUAACGCGCCCUUCGCACAAGCAAUGUAUAGAGUGGUUCCAGAACCAAUACCACCAGACAAUAUCGCAGUCCACCGUGUCGCACAGCUUGUCACCCAAGUACGCCCGACUCGAUGGCGAGCCUUCGCUGUCCGGCAGCCGCUUGCGUUUUGGCAACUGGCCCGAGGUUGAGAAGCUGGUCUUGUUGUGGUACCAACAGAUGGCGCACUCCGGCCGCCACCCCACGAACGAGGAGCUCGGCGAGAAGGCCAAGAGCAUCUUCUCCCAGUUGCCGCGCCAUCGCGGCGACGAGCCACCCGAGUUCUCUCCAGGAUGGAUCCACCGCUUCAAGAAGCGAUACGGCCUACUCAUCAAGCGUCAGCGACGCCAGUCGGGUAGUAUCGGCGCCACGGGUGGCUCAUCCGACGACCCUGCCAAUGACAUCCCCUACCUGGUCGAGGUCGUGCCGCGGUACAUGAACGGCAUCACGACUACCACGAACCCUGUUGCGAUCCGCGAGACUAUCAUCCACUCUUUGGGCAUAGAGCCGUCUAUUGCCACCUGCACACGGGUCCGUGACGAAAUUGCCCGUUACAAUGCGGACGUUGCCGCAGGGGAAGCAUCUGCUCUCGCUCUUGGCAACGCAACUUCCGAGUCGCAUACCAACGCCGCCACGGCGGCCGCCGCCGCCGCUGCCGUCGCAGCAGCAGCCGCUGCUGCAGCAAAUGCUGCAACACGAAACGCGGGCGCGCUGUCCACCGACACGCAACAGAGCGGUUAUCAUGAAAACGGUGGUGGCGGCUCCGUGUAUCACCCACAUCCUGACGAGGACCCAGAGAUUGUGCUUCAAAAUGCGCUGCGCCAGUUGCAAGAGAAGGAGGAUGCUGAGGCAGCGGCAGCCGAAGCGUUAGCUGCAGCUGCUCAGCAACAGCCACCAGCCACACCUUCACAGUCUGCGCUGGGCUUGGCCGCGUCAUCACCGGCCGUGGGCGAUGCAGGUGCCUCAACAGAGGACAACGCCCCACGGAGGUGUCCGUUCUGCGUGAACAACCGGAUGCUGCGAACGAUCAAAGAGGCCGUUGAUCAUAUAGCGACACAUGUCGUCAUGUGA